CACAGCCAGUGCUCUCGACGUACUAAUCGACUAAGUGCACAUUGCUAGUACCCGCACGCGAACGACAAACCGUCAGCGGCUGGUGCAAGAACUCUCAAAGAAAGUGCAACAACUUUGUUGCCGUUGGACGUGUGACAACAAACACAUAAACAAACUUUCCGCAGUCCGCGCGAGCGGGAAAGUAGCGGUAACCCAGUGACAUAGUAAGCGCACAAAGGGCGCAUACUAUCGACGCGAUAGACAGGAUUGUCAGGAAACGAAACGCGUGGCCCCACGAGCGUUCCAGACCGUUGGAAUCCCCUCAGGUAGCUACCAACAUAGAUAAAAAGUGAACGUGAAUAAACACGCCAGUUCCAAACGCGUGCGAAGGUCGACUGAACGUGCGAGUCAUCGUCGAGCUCCAUCCGCAUCUAGCGCACACCGCGCGCUCCCAUCAAUCCCUCAACACCCAGGUACUCCUUGAAGAUGGCGAGUAACAAAGUAGAGCUCUACAUCUACGACCUCUCGAAGGGCAUGGCCGCUAUCAUGUCACCGAUCCUCAUCGGUAAAAAGAUUGAUGGAGUCUGGCACACGUCAAUUAUCGUUUAUGAACGCGAGUUUUUCGGAUCAUCCGGUGUGGAAAGUUGCUCACCAGCGUCCACCGCGCUUGGCCAACCCUGCAAGAUCAUCCUUGGGGACACGCAGAUUCCAUACCCUGUCUUCAUCGAGUACCUGAACGGCCUGGGCGACACCAGUUACGGCCCGACCACAUAUAAUCUGCUCUCUCACAACUGCAACAACUUCUCCGACGAGCUUGCGCAGUUCCUGUGUGGCAAGGGGAUCCCGAAGUAUAUUCUUGAACUGCCCAACGAGGUGUUGCAGACCAGCCUGGGCAACAGCCUGCUACUACCACUAGUCCAGCAGCUGGAGCAGAGCGCACGACCGAUCGCCAGCGAGCAGGGCGCACGCACCCGUGCCGAGAGCCCCGACUUGGAGGCCCUCAACACGCAGAUUGAAGAAGCCAGAUACAAUUCAUUCCUGAACGAGGAGCGGCGUAAGCGACUCAACGAGAAGCUCGCGAAGAAGGACCGCAAGCGCGAGAAGAAACGCAAAAGUUACUGAAAGCCGGUUACACGCUCGCACCCGAUUUAGAAGUACGUCUCCACCCACGAAAUUGUCAUCUUCAGCGUAUUACAUUGCAUGUUCUGCCAACAGGAACCUAUCAUUAUGGCAGAAGGUGCCGUGAACGGCGACGCCCUGCCAUCUGAACAGGCGUUGCAAUUAGAAGAGGAGGAGAAACGCCAGGAAGAAGAGCGGAAGAAAAAUCGCGACCCCAUCAUCUACAAGGAUGGCCUUGAUAUCAAUGUCGAAUUUGAUGCCCUUGUGGGUCUUAUCGACGGUAAACUCAACCCUCAAGAACAAACUUCUCUGGAGGAGCUGCAUAAGUUUAUGUUGGAAGAUGAAGGUAGCUGGGUGUUGGGAGAAAACUUCCUAUGUUUCAUAGGUCGUCUGUUGAAUGACAAGGAGAUGUCAGCCGAGGUGCGAGUCCGCACCCUAAAUGUCCUGGCGUUGGCGGCGUUGAAGGACGACGUGAUUCUCCUGCUGCAUCAGGAUCGUCGUGACCAUAUUCUAAUGAACUGCGCGUUUGACAUCGACAGACACGGUUUCGACGAGCAGGUGGCGCUUGCCACCCUUGUGUGCAAUAUGUUCGAAAACCUGAGCUCAUCUGAAUGGCUGCUGUACAUCUCUGAAUGGCAGUACAACGGUCAACAGACGAGUAAUAUUCGGGUGACGACUAAGGUUGCUGUACACUCCCUGCUGGCUGAUGCUCCAGAACUGCAGGAUCGCGGCGCCGCGAUCAUCCACAACCUCGCUUGCAAGGAGGUGUUUGAUGACGUCGCUGUGGAACUGGCCAUGGCAUUACUGCAGUACUUCCAGAAUAAACCCAGCGAAGAAAAUCUCUUCCGCACCAUGAAAGCGAUGGCGAAAUUCGUGCAGAUCUCUCGUCAGGAGGUACCCCAGCUCAUCCAGAUGAUUGGACCCGACCCAAAGAUUUUCAAAGGCACCAGCGCGAGAGUGGAUGCCCUCAUUGAUCAGAUCAGCGCCAAAUGCCGCUGAACCGUCGCUCUUGAGACUUAUUUAUAUUUCCCUGGGCAUUACCCAUUUCACUUGUUAUCAUAAUCUAUUCGUUUAUUUGUUAUUUUUAUUUUCAAGUAGUAGCUGUGCAGUUUCGAUGACUAUUUAUAUUCUAAUUAAUGGAAAUAUAUCUGGGAUAUUAAUGUGUUUUUUUGAGAAUAAUAAACAUUUGUUAAUAA